GGGAGCGGCGCCGGCGGCCGGGAGCCCGUGGCACCGGGCAUGCUCAGUGGCGCGGCCGGCUGGGUGGCCCCGAGAGCUGCACCCGGAUCUGCUCGGCGGCGGCGGCGGCGGCGGCGACGGCGACGUGAGCGCGCAGGGGGGCGGCGGCCUCGCCUCGUCUCCCUCUCUGCGCCUGGGUCCGGUGGGUGACGCCAAGCGCCGGAGAGAUGUCGGAUUUCGACAGUAACCCCUUUGCGGACCCGGAUCUCAACAACCCUUUCAAGGACCCAUCAGUUACACAAGUGACAAGAAAUGUUCCACCAGGACUUGAUGAAUAUAAUCCAUUCUCGGAUUCUAGAACACCUCCACCAGGCACUGUGAAAAUGCCUAAUGUACCCAGUACACAACCAGCAAUAAUGAAACCAACAGAGGAACAUCCAACUUAUACACAGAUUGCAAAGGAACAUGCUUUGGCCCAAGCUGAGCUUCUUAAGCGCCAAGAAGAACUAGAAAGAAAAGCAGCAGAAUUAGAUCGUCGAGAACGAGAAAUGCAAAAUCUCAGUCAACAUGGCAGAAAAAAUAAUUGGCCACCUCUCCCUGGCAAUUUUCCCGUGGGACCUUGUUUUUAUCAGGAUUUUUCUGUAGACAUUCCUGUAGAAUUCCAGAAGACAGUAAAGAUUAUGUACUACUUGUGGAUGUUCCACGCUGUAACACUCUUUCUAAAUAUCUUCGGAUGCUUGGCUUGGUUUUGUGUUGAUCCUACAAGAGGGGUUGAUUUUGGAUUGAGUAUCCUGUGGUUCUUGCUUUUUACUCCUUGUUCAUUUGUCUGUUGGUACAGACCACUUUACGGAGCUUUCAGGAGUGACAGUUCAUUCAGAUUCUUUGUAUUCUUCUUCGUCUAUAUUUGUCAGUUUGCUGUUCAUGUACUCCAAGCUGCAGGAUUUCAUAAUUGGGGCAACUGUGGUUGGAUUUCAUCCCUUACUGGCCUCAACCAAAGUAUUCCUGUUGGAAUUAUGAUGAUAAUCAUAGCAGCACUUUUCACAGCAUCAGCGGUCAUCUCGCUAGUUAUGUUUAAAAAGGUACAUGGACUAUACCGCACAACAGGUGCUAGUUUUGAGAAAGCCCAGCAAGAAUUUGCAACAGGAGUGAUGUCCAACAAAACUGUCCAGACUGCAGCUGCAAAUGCAGCUUCAAGUGCAGCAACUAGUGCGGCUCAGAAUGCUUUCAAGGGUAACCAGAUUUAGAGAACCCUCCAACAAUACACUGGUACCUUCUGACUGUACUUUUUCUCCAGUUACUGUAUUCUAUAAAUAUUUUUAUGUUCAAAACAGUACACACGGCAUGUAUAUUUCCUGUUCACUUGUGCAUGGGCUAAAACCAGAAAAACUUCCUUGUCUUAUUAUUUACCUAGCAAUUUAACAUUUUGGUGCCCCCUGCAGAAAAAAAUAUCACAAAUAUUCUCCAUAUUUUUUGGGGGAUGAAUGUUCAGCAAAUUAUUUCAGUGGUGACACACUGAAAUUAAUAUGGUACUUAUGAUUAAAAAUGCAUUUAGUACUAGCUGCAGUCUUUCAAGAAUCUUAGACUUAAGGAUUACAUACUAGAGCAUUAAAGCGAUACUUCAUUCUGUUUUCCCUAUUUAUAUUGAAAGAAAUAGGCCAUCAGGGACUUAGGGAUUUUAAAAUUGGCUUGCUUUUUAGCAGUUUUAGUCACCAGUGAAGAGCCUGUGUGCAUUUUGUAGUAGAUCAUGUAAAUUUUAUCCUUUUAUUUUUGUUCCUUUUUUUCUUUUUUAGAGUAGUUGAUAUUUUGAUAUCAAUCUCUGAUCUUGCAUGGGCACCACAUUUCUUAAAAGAAUUCGUAUUUUGGCUUCUGCACUGCUUAUGGUUGUAGGAUUAGGGAGUUGCUGGUAGAAUCAAAGAUGUGGUUUUCUGCAGUAGUUUCUUUUAAAUAAAAAUUUAUUGGGAUGCAAUUUGAGAACAUAAUAUGCAGUGCAUUAUCCAAAAAAAAGGGUAGAUAAUCAAUGAAAUAGAAUGUAGUAAUGAUAAUACUUUUUUUUUUAAUUUUCAGUAUUCGUAUCAUAGGAGAAUAUUACUGUAUGGAAACUUUGGUAUAUUCUUGUGGCUACUCAUUUUAACUGAAUUGAGAUUGUGUUUGGCAGCUCUUUUUUGGGGAGUGUGUGUGUGAUUUUUAACAGAGGUAUUAAAGUUAGACAAACUCCUUGUCCAAAAAGAACAUACAGUAUUUCAGGGAUUUUUCUUUUAGCCUCUCAUCUGUAGUGGGAUUAAAAAGAAAAAGACGCUGUUGUUUCACAUAUACUUGAAUCCCUAAUUCACCUCAGUCUUUCAAUUUUUGAGACAGACUGAAUACAUUAAAAUUUUUCAGCAAUAGAAAAAACAUUUAACCUGCACCAAACAAGAAAAUACAAAUACAGUUAAAUGCAUUAAUUAUGACUAUAACCACAUUAAAAUUGUUACUAUGCAGCAUAGGAUUUAAUUCUUACAGUAUACUUGGUUUGAAACUUUGAAUCAUUUUUAAUACUGAUUAAAUGACUCAAAGACAUUCAUAAAGUCAUGAUAUACUGUGUUUUGGAAGUCAUCAGCUAACUUAAGAUUGCAGAAUAAUCAGUGAUUUUUUUAACUUGACUUUUAAGUAAGGAUAGUCUAUUGGAUUAUAUUAUUUGAGACUGCAGAUCCUUUUUAAAAACAACCAAAUGGGCAUAAAUUCAUUCUUUUCCCCAAACCUGGAGAUAAAUGAAUUUAGCGUUGGGGGUGGGAUGAUGAGUUCUCACUAUUUAUGAGGGAAGUGUUGUGUGACACUAGGUAACAUGGAGCCAUCUAGAUGGUGUUUACAUUUGAUUUAUUUGGGAUUAAUUGAAGUAAUAUACUUGGAAGAUAUUUCCUUUAUUCUGCUUAAAAUAGGAUUCAGAAUAUGAAUUUAAAGCUGUUUUUAUGAGUAUUUCUGAUCAGUGAUAAUCUCCCUACUUUCUCAAAUAAGCCAGUUCAAGUUUGUCAGAUUCUAUAAUCUUACUGGAAAUCUGUUUUAUCACAGUGUGCUUUACUGGGUGUGUAUUUUACAAACAUUCACAACAUUAACCACAAAAUAUAAUAGGAGUACUUAUGUUCAUCAUUAAUUUAUAUCUCAAGUCCAUUUCUUUUUUUCUUUCAACUACAAAUGAAUAUAGAGACUUGAAAAAUACUAAGAUACUUUCCUUCAAGAAUAGGAAGGCUUCUGUCUGUCUUGUAGAAAUCCCCAAAGGUAGCAUUGUUAAAUAGCAAAUAAUUAAAACCAACAGUACCUUUUUGUGUGUGGAUGGGGAAAAUGUUUUAAAAUCCACUUCUUUGGGUUCAUACAAGCUUACGAGAGAAAAUUGUUUUUUAAAAUAUAUAAAUGUGCAUUAAAAUGAUGGCAAUAACAGUUUGGUAAGGUAUGGGGAUUUUAAAUUCUUACAUUCCCUGUUCUCCUAACAAUAAUGAGUAAAUGGUCACAUUUUCCAGCAAGAGAUUGGCAUUUUUUAAUGUUUUGUACUUAAUACUAACAUGACCCAGUAUCACAGUCAUGAAAUGGUCUUCAUUGUUGUAAGCAUUCGUGUCCUUUUUCAGUUUGCAAUAUUAAAUUGUGGCUAUUUUAUUUAAAACUAAAAUUUGAACACUGGAAAAUCAUUGCUCAGUGAUUUGUAAUUUGGGACUUGGAUUAUUUAGGGAUGUUUGUAUAUUUUGUCAAUGAGUAAUAUUGCGCUGCCAUCAUAAGGAGCGUCAUGGUUCUAUAUAAAUGCCCUCCAUCUGUCUCUCUAAUGUUGCAUGUUUUCAGUGGUUUGGAAGUUUUGUAUAUUUAUUGUAUUAACACAGAGUGUCAUGAAAUAAAAUGCUGUUUACUGGA